UGCUGCUGAUUGGUUAAUACUCAUUCUCUACAUUUUCCCCGGUGUGUAACGUCUUCCGUACAAAAAGAGCGUUAGCGGGUUUUUUAGGCUUCAUUCGCGGUUCGUCCUGCGUGUGAGUCUAGGUUCUGUGCUUCUCUGCACAUUUUGAAGCUGUGGGGAGGUUUACCGUGCGUUUUCUGUUACCUCGGCUGACCAGUAACACCAAUUCAACAUGAUGCACGUUAUCAAACGAGAUGGACGCCAUGAGCGAGUCAUGUUUGAUAAAAUCACCUCUCGCAUCCAGAAGCUUUGCUACGGUCUAAAUUCAGAUUUCGUGGAUCCAGCUCAAAUCACAAUGAAGGUGAUCCAGGGUUUGUACAGCGGUGUCACCACUGUGGAGCUUGACACGCUGGCAGCCGAAAUUGCUGCCACACUGACAACUAAACACCCCGACUAUGCCAUUCUCGCCGCAAGGAUCGCUGUCUCAAACCUCCACAAAGAGACGAAAAAAGUGUUUAGUGAAGUGAUGGAAGACCUGUACAACUACAUCAAUCCUCUGAACAAGCAGCACUCCCCCAUGAUCUCAAAAGAGACGCUCAACAUUGUUCUGGAGAACAAAGACCGCCUCAAUUCGGCCAUAAUUUACGACAGAGAUUUCUCUUACAACUUCUUCGGCUUCAAAACCCUGGAGCGCUCCUAUCUGCUGAAGAUCAAUGGAAAAGUGGCCGAGCGUCCGCAGCACAUGCUCAUGAGGGUGUCUGUUGGGAUCCAUGAGAGAGACAUCGAUGCAGCCAUUGAGACGUACAACCUGCUGUCAGAGAAGUGGUUCACCCACGCCUCACCAACCCUCUUCAACGCAGGAACCAACCGGCCACAGCUGUCCAGCUGCUUCCUCCUCGCCAUGAAAGACGACAGCAUCGAAGGCAUUUAUGACACUCUUAAGCAGUGUGCCCUCAUUUCCAAAUCCGCCGGAGGCAUUGGCGUGGCGGUCAGCUGUAUCAGAUCAACCGGGAGCUACAUCGCUGGUACCAAUGGUAACUCCAACGGGCUGGUGCCCAUGUUGAGAGUUUACAACAAUACUGCUCGCUAUGUUGAUCAGGGGGGGAACAAAAGACCUGGAGCCUUUGCCAUGUACCUGGAGCCAUGGCACUUUGAUGUGUUUGACUUCCUGGAGCUGAAGAAGAACACAGGAAAGGAGGAGCAGAGAGCCAGAGACCUCUUCUAUGCCCUGUGGAUUCCAGAUCUGUUCAUGAAGAGAGUGGAGAGUAACCAAAACUGGUCCCUAAUGUGUCCCAACGAGUGUCCUGGGCUGGACGAGUGCUGGGGGGAGGAGUUUGAAAAACUGUACACUAAAUAUGAAAACGAGGGGAGGGUGAAGCGUGUGGUGAAGGCUCAGCAGCUCUGGUAUGCCAUUAUUGAGUCCCAGACAGAAACGGGAACGCCAUACAUGCUGUACAAAGAUGCAUGUAACAGGAAGAGUAACCAGCAGAAUCUGGGCACCAUCAAAUGCAGCAACCUGUGCACCGAAGUUGUUGAGUACACCAGCAAAGACGAGGUGGCGGUGUGUAACCUUGCCUCCAUUGCUCUCAACAUGUACGUCACACCAGAACGGACUUUUGACUUCAAGAAGCUGGCAUCUGUGACCAAAGUUAUUGUCAAAAACCUCAACAAGGUCAUUGAAAUCAACUACUACCCAGUUCCUGAAGCUGAGAAGUCCAACAAGCGCCACAGGCCAAUAGGAAUUGGAGUUCAAGGUUUGGCAGAUGCCUUCAUCCUGAUGCGUUAUCCCUUCGAAAGCCCAGAGGCUCAGUUGCUAAACAUCCAGAUUUUUGAGACCAUCUACUACGCUGCUCUGGAGGCGAGCUGCGAGCUAGCUGCCGAGUUCGGACCGUACGAGACCUACGAAGGUUCCCCUGUCAGCAAGGGCAUCCUGCAAUACGACAUGUGGGACAAGACGCCUACAGACCUGUGGGACUGGAAGCUGCUGAAAGAGAAGAUCGCUAAACAUGGCGUGAGAAAUAGCCUGCUGCUCGCCCCGAUGCCCACAGCGUCCACCGCCCAGAUCCUGGGUAACAACGAGUCCAUCGAAGCCUACACCAGCAACAUCUACACUCGCAGGGUCCUCUCUGGAGAGUUCCAGAUUGUUAAUCCUCACCUGCUCAAAGACCUGACGGAGAAGGGGCUGUGGAGCGAGGAGAUGAAGAACAGUCUGAUCGCCAACAACGGAUCUGUUCAAGACAUCGGUGAGAUUCCAGAUGAUUUGAAGCAGCUGUAUAAAACUGUUUGGGAAAUCUCCCAGAAGACUGUAUUAAAGAUGGCUGCCGACCGUGGUGCCUACAUAGACCAGAGCCAGUCGCUGAACAUCCACAUCGCAGAGCCAAACUAUGGAAAACUAUCCAGCAUGCACUUCUACGGUUGGAAACAGGGAUUAAAGACGGGAAUGUAUUACCUAAGGACGAAGCCCGCCGCCAACCCCAUCCAGUUCACCCUGAACAAGGAGAAGCUGAAGGAGGUGCCGGAGAGCAAGGCCUCAGAGGAGGAGGUCAAGGAGAGGAACAAAGCAGCCAUGGUGUGUUCUCUGGAGAACCGAGACGAGUGUCUUGCCUGUGGAUCGUAGACUUUAUAUAAACCCACUUCAGCUCGGAAAUGUGCCCGAUGACAUAAAGGCUCCAGAUGGCAAUUAAUACAUUUUCACUGUGUGCAUUUGUAAUGUACAGAGCAAAGUUUAUUUUUAUUCACUGUUUUGUAUUUUAUGUUGGAAAAUAAAACUUGAACCUAUCAAAA